AUGCAAACGAUAAAUUUUUUUGCACCAAAACAUAGAAUUCAAAUCUCUCUUUCUCCUCCUACUCAUUUAACUCCUGUCAGCUUUCCACUGACGGCAUGUCCAAUUAAGCCUGCGAAACUUUUUCAUUUGGAGGCAACUAGUGGAGAUGGUCAAGAAAGUAACCGCAAGUUCGAAAAGUUUCCACCUUCUGUAUGGACUAACCGCUUCCACUCUGUUCAGGUCGAUGCCUCCGAAAUGGAUGCGCUUAGGCAAGAGAUCGAUACGCUUAUCCCGAGUGUGAAGAAGGAACUCAUGUCUUCCCAAGGCAUUGACUCGAUGAAGAAAAAUAUCCUGAUGAUAUAUUUGCUGGUUAGCCUUGGUCUCGCUUAUCACUUCGAAGAUGAGAUUGAAGAGUGUCUCAAAGAGGGUUUCGAAAAGAUAGAGGAGAUGAUGGCUGGUGAAGAUAAUUUGUAUACAAUUUCAAUCGUCUUCUGGGUUUUCAGGACACACGGUCACCACAUGUCAUCCGACGUAUUUCAGAAAUUCAGAGAAAGCAGUGGAAAUUUUAAAGGAUGCAUUAGUGGGGAUGCUAAGGGUAUGUUGGCCUUGUAUGAGGCCGCACAAUUGAGAACGACUACAGAUUAUAUAAUGGAAGAAGCAUUGAGCUUUGCAUCGAGCAACUUGGAGUUGUUAGCUGCAGAUGGGAAGUGCCCACCUCAUCUCUCAAAGCAUAUACGAAAUGCUCUAGGACUAUCUCAGCAUAAAAAUAUGGAGAUGUUAGUUGCUGUGGGAUACAUCUCAUUCUAUGAACAUGAAAAAGACCACGACAAAAUGCUGCUAAAAUUUGCUAAACUCAAUUUCAACUUAUUGCAGCUCCAUUACCUUGAAGAGCUCGCAAUCGUUACAAAAUGGUACAGGGACCAGGAUUUUGCAUCUAACUUGCCACCUUACUUCAGAUACGUAAUCGCAGAGAAUCAUUUCUUUGUAAUAGGGAUGUACUUUGAGCCAAAAUUCUCGCAAAAGCGGAUUAUGCUGACUAAGUACUUCACGGCUUUAGUACUUUUAGAUGACACUUUUGAUAGAUACGCAUCUCGUCCCGAGGCUGAAAGCCUCGCCAAUAGCCUGGAGAGGUGGGCUCCUGAUGACGCUAUGGAGAAACAGCCACAUUAUUUGAAAUUCGUGUUUAAGUUUUUAGUGGAUUGCUUCGAAGAGUUUGAAAGAGAAUUGGCGCCAGAAGGAAGCUCUUACUGUGUAAAAGCCACACGAGAAGAGUUCAAGAUAUAUGUGAAAGCCAACUUUGAUCUUGCAAAAUGCGCACAAGCGGGUCACGUGCCUAGUUUUAAGGAGUACAUGGAACUUGGUGUGGUCGAGCUUGGAGUAUAUGCGACUUUGGCAGGCACUUUGAUGGGCAUGGGAUAUAUCGGUAAUGAGGGAGUUUAUGAGUGGCUCAAAUCCAGACCAAAAUUACUCCUAUCAUUAUCUAUAUAUGGACGUCUGUUAAAUGAUAUAGCUGGAUUCGAGGGUGACAUGAGAGAAUAUGUCAGUACUGCGGUCAACUGUUAUAUGAAGCAAUAUGGUGUAUCCAAAAUGGAAGCUAUUAGAGACCUUCGAAACUUAAUUACAUACAACAAUAAGAUAAUAAACGAAGAGUUUUUGAAGACAACUGAUGUACCACGCCAAAUCCGGAAGCUACCCUUCAACAUUGCACGCGCGCUCAAUGUCUCCUACAAUGAAGGUGAAGGAUUCACUUAUACCAAAGGAAAAGUCGAUGAGUAUAUCACUUCUUUGUUUGUAACACGGAUUUUUCUUUAA